AUUCAUUUUCCCCGCUACCACGCACUGCACCGCAGCCGUAGCACUGCUACUAGCCACCACCACCACCACCACCACCAACACUCCUGCUAUUGUACUGCCGCUGGUGAACCAAACUGCGCCCGACUUCCACCUGAACCUUACCAACCGCACAACCAGCCUUCACCGGUGUCCAAUAGCCAUCUCAACCAUUCUCGACCUUUGCCAAUGCCUACCAGCCGUUGCGUUUGGAUCUGACCGUCGAUCACAAUAUAUUCGCGCCCCUCGCUCUGCCUCUGCGGCUUGGACAGGUUGGCUACCUUCAACUUCUUCACGUCCGCCCCCCUCACAUGAGAUGCCCAACCACCAAUUCAGCGAUUACUGGUGAAGACGACUUGUAACAUCCUCACCUCACACUAUCCUACCUCCUUCAUCGCAGAUUCUCCCAUCGUCAAGGCGCGGCGGCAGCAGUCGCAGCCCCCGCCCGUUCUACCUUCCAACCAUGACCUCCGCAAUCAACGAUGACGAACUUUCCAUUUCCCUCCCCCAAAAUGAGCAUGCUCGAAGCAGACCUUCUGUACCUCAAGUCACAUCACCUCCUUCGCUGCGGCAGAGAAGCGGGCAAAGUCUCACGCCCGUUGCAGAAUCCCCGGGGACGAUCCGAGCCAUGAAUCGAUUACACCAGUACAGCUUUGUCCGCAAUAUCGGUGAGGGUUCGUUUGGUAAAGUCAAACUGGCGAGACACAAGGUCACGGGGCAGGAGGUUGCCAUGAAGACCAUCAACCGGCGAAAGCUCAUCAGUCGCGACAUGGCUGGCCGCAUUGAGCGUGAGAUCCAAUACCUGCAAUUACUGCGUCAUCCACACAUCAUCAAACUAUACACGGUGAUCACGACCAAGACAGACAUUUACAUGGUAUUGGAAUACGUGCCCAUGGAACUAUUUGACUACAUUGUCAAGCACGGACGCCUGGGAGAAGCAAAGGCUCGCAAGUUGUUCCAACAGAUCAUCUGCGCGGUCGAGUAUUGCCAUCGACACAAGAUCGUCCACAGAGACUUGAAACCGGAGAAUUUGCUGCUCGACAAGAACAUGAACGUCAAGAUUGCCGACUUUGGGCUCAGCAAUAUCAUGACGGAUGGCAAUUUCCUCAAGACGAGUUGUGGAAGUCCGAACUACGCUGCACCUGAAGUUAUUGGCGGAAAGCUGUAUGCUGGGCCCGAAGUUGAUGUCUGGAGCUGUGGAGUUAUUCUCUAUGUUUUCCUCGUCGGUCGUCUCCCGUUUGACGACGAGUUCAUUCCCGCUCUGUUCAAGAAAAUCCAGGCAGGGACGUUCCAUAUUCCUUCGCAGACGCCUCCUGGUGCCGUCAAUCUCAUCAAACGCUGCCUACAAGUUCAUCCGGUACAUCGCAUUACUAUCCCUGAGAUUCGACAAGAUGAGUGGUUUGUCAAAGACCUGCCCGCCUAUCUCGUCGAUCCUGUUGAGGAGUUCUUGGACACCGGUGUUGAUCCCAGCAAAGCUAUCGACCCCCGACAACUGGCACCUGGGAAACCGCCCGAGGUUGUUGAGCGAAUCCAUGAACAAGUGGUCGGCAAACUGGGCCGCACCAUGGGUUAUGCCAAAGAGGAUGUCAAGGAUGCUCUGAGCAAAGACGAACCUAGCGCCAUCAAAGAUGCCUAUCUUAUUGUGAGAGAAAAUCAAUUGAUGAUCGAUACUCCUCAGUACAGGGCGGAGAACCCGGAGCUUGAGUCCUUCAUGGCUUCAUCGCCGCCGGUCGAGCCCAACUUUCCUGGCUCUCCUGGUUCACCGCCAGGGAGUCGAAGAACUCAAGACGACGUCAAACCCCUGACACCAACACGGGGCGACGGGCAUCGAGCAAGCCGCACACUAUCUGAGACUCCUUCUUUCCAAGAGGAAAAGCCUAGGAUUUCGAAUGUUCGCGUUUUGAAUACCUCUCUGCCACACGUGCAUGAAGAACUCAUGCAAUUACGGGAGAAGGCAAAGAGCAGAGGCGAAGAUCCAGACUCGAUUCUUCACCCAUCGCAGGAGGACAAGGAUGACUCUGAUAGCCCAAUUCCAGAGGAGAUCAAGGAUGAAAAUGGCAAUCCGAUCUAUCGCUCCAAAGAAGAACAAGAGGCAACAUCUAGGGCGUUGAAACCGCACUCCAGGUCAGUGACCGGUCUCAGUAAUAUGCGCGAGGGAAAGCCCCGUCCUGAAGGUUUGACGACGAUGUCACAAGACGAGAAGCGGGCGGCGGCAUCCAAGCCCAAACCACGAAAAUGGCAGUUUGGCAUACGAUCUCGAAACGCUCCCUAUGAGGCAAUGAAGUGUCUCUAUGCUGCACUUAGGGCUCAGGGCGCAGAUUGGGAAGUCAACCCGUGGCUGCUACCCGAGUCCUUACCAGAUGGCGAGGAUGAAAAAGACAUGAUCCCAGCCCCACCGCCGGAACUUGCCCCUGGGGAACGCCAUACGAUUCUUCAACAGAAGCAUUCGUGGUUGAGUGAGGAAUACUAUGUGCCGCGGGAUCCUUGGAACAUCCGUGCACGCGUCCUGAAAAGCGGCAUGCUGAUGCCUGGGGAGGCACCGUCCCUUUCCGCCAAUAGCUCGGCCGUCAGCCUACCUGCGGAAGCCCAAAAUCAGCUUAAAAAGCACAUUGAGCAACUUGGUGGCUACGCUUCUGAUGACGUUGCAAAGGCACUCGGGAUUCAGGCCCCCAAUGGCUCCGGUUCCAGAGUCCAGUCUCCAGGCGAAUCCAGCACUCAGCAGCAAGCUUUUACUGGACCGGGACAGCCGAUGAGCAGACCAGAGAGUCUUUCAGCUUUGAACAAGAAAAUUCCCAGCGAGCACAUUGGUGUGUGGGUGUUCAUUGAUAUUCAGCUGUAUACGCUUGAAAGUGGAACUUAUGUGGUCGACUUCAAAUGCGACGGAUACCAGAACGUCAUUUGGCAUGAUCCCAGAAAAGAACGUGAGAAGGGCAAGUCCUCUAGCAGCAACAGCAACGUUGCGAGUCCUUCCGCAAGCCGACCUACCAGCGGAUUUGGCGACCUGAAUCAUGCUAGUUCCGAUCACCCUGAUGAAGAGGGUUCGGAGGGAUACUGGAAGCCGGUCAGCAAACGAUACAAGAACGUGGAGAAGGAGAUUUGCAGCCCAUAUCCAUUCCUUGACGUUGCCAGUGACCUGGUGGCCCAAUUGUGGGGUGGCGCUGCUUGAUUCUGAUGCUGUGAUGACGAUUCAUGACCGAGUACGACCAAUAUUGCAAACCAGGCGCGAAGGCGGAUGUGAUUGAUAAUGGCCAUGGACAAUGGGCUAUGGGAGCAUGAUACCAGCCUUCUGUGAGAUAGGAACGCGGAACGGAAUGAAAAGAAACCUACAGCUGAGAUGGGCUGAAUUGAUGACGGCUUGCGACGACAAGGCUUUGCUCAACAUGUGAGGCUCGCAGCAUACUGUAGCUAGAAGUAACUGGCAGAAUUCAACCUUCAGAAACAGCUGCCCGCUGCUUAUUUCCGAGCAACUCAUGUGUUACACGAUAGAUGUCCGUUUGUACCACCCACCUAGGUGCCCCCAAGGUAGUAUCACAAGUAGUAUGUGCUUAGGCCUCGAUUCAGGAGAGUCUGUUUAUCCCGAUCACGUGCGCCCGG